AUGAUGAUACAGAGGGUAAAGGAGAAGGAAGAAGAGUGGCUGGCGUUGGAGACGGAAUCGGUAUAUGACAUUCAAAAUGCUACCAAGGUUGAGAAAUUCAAGAUUUGCUGCAAAGUUUAUGGAAUAGAUACGGACUGGGGUUGGUACUAUUUCGGAUGUGGAAAGUGUCACCACAGAGUCACCAAAGGUCUGAAGAAGGAAGCAUCCACCAAACCGCGCCCCAAAGUACCUAUAUGGUUCAAGCUGCACCUUCUCGUUGAGGAUGAUUCAGCGAAAACAAAGUUUAUGUUGCUUGAUACAGUUGCAGCCGGGAUCGUGACAAAGACAACAUCCUUCGUGCUAAACGGAUCCUACGAUGAGAGCUUAGUGGGAAACAGCUACAAGUUUCUGGUCGGUGUUGAGAAGGAACACAUUCAUUACCGAAAUGACACUUACAAGGCGCACAAAGUAAGGAAAGGACUUCUCAUUCUCGAUGCAGAAUCUGCUAAUGAACAAAUGGUUCAACCAUUGGGUCUUACGAGGAGGAAAACACACUAUGUUGUCUUACAUUCAUGCUACCCUCAGUAA